AUAAUUGGGCGGGGAUUCUGUUGUUUGGUAAUAGUAAAAGGGAAAAGUUACACAAACAUACAUCGGGGUUUUGUAACGCAUACGUUGCCUCCGGUUCCAUUGCUGCCACUCGUUACUGUAAUCCCAGCUUUCUGUGGACCGACCGAACCGAGCAGUGGAGCAAAAUCGUUUUUUACAUUUUCUACAUACAACAAUUCUGACAUUUUGGUAGUAAAGGACGCUAUCACCACGGGCGACGUAAUCGUUGGCUGGACUAGUCUCAGAUGAAAAUGAAAUAGGACAACCGGGAUGUCGUUUUGCUAAAGUAAAAAUAUAAAGCGCAUCUGUUUUAUUCUCUAAAGGUCUAGACGCGCGCGCGAGACUCGGGUGCUUCUUCUAUUGAUUACGAAAGGCGCGCGCUGCAAACAUGGAGUUGAAUUCUGUGAUUUUGACCACUGGAGCCUCCGUUGGAUUUUUCAAAUUCGUGAACUACGGGAUCGGCAAACUACCUGUACCAGAGACAGCCAAGAGAAACAGCUGGAAAUGGAAAAACAUCUCUACGUCCUUUGUACACAGUCUCAUAACUGGAGUGUGGUCUGUGCUUUGUUUUUGCAUACACCCCAAGAUGGCUGAGGAUUUGAUAGAGACACACUCCGUUUUCUCACAUGCCCUGGUAUCAGUCUCGAUCGGGUAUUUUAUUUAUGACUUCUUGGAUAUGGUUCUCAAUCAGAAGAUGGGUCAAUCAUGGGAGCUCCUUUUCCAUCACGUAGUGGUGAUCACAUGUUUCGGGAUCUCAGUGCUGAGCUGUCGGUACGUGGGCUUCGCUGUCGUGGCGCUGCUGGUGGAGAUCAAUUCUGUCUUUCUGCACCUCAGGCAAGUGCUCCGCAUGGCCAGCCUGGCCAAAAGUACAUUCUACCGUGUGAACAGCAUGAUUAACUUAGGCACCUACGUGGUGUUUCGCAUCAACACUUUGGCCUGGAUGACCCGCUGGCUGGUGGUGAACCGUGAUCACAUCCCCCUGAUCAGCUACACCAUCGGGAGUGUGGGUUUGGCCAUCAUGACUCUCAUGAACAUUGUGCUGUUUUACCGGCUGAUGAGAAGCGACUUUAUGAAAUCCAGCCGAGAGAUGGAAGUGAAGAAAGAAAAGGAGAUGUAGAGAGAGGAAUCUUCAACUACUCCCACUAGCUCGAACCAAAUCUGCUUCAUUGAUACCCUUCCUUUGGGUUUACCGUGUCUGAUUGGACAGACGUCCAUCAUUUUAUAUGGUUCGAUUUUUUUAUAUAUCGUUAUCAGCCUGCUGAGCUUCUAAUAUUUACAAGAUCAAAAGUUGUUGCCAUUAUGCCUCCAUGUAGACCUCAAGCUGUGCUAUGACAUUUUAUGAUGGCUGUUGUCACGGGUUUACAGACGUCUAAACAGAUAAUGCAUUUACACAUGCUCAAAAUUAUUCAUGCAUGAUUUCUACAGCAACUCAAAAGACUGUAAGGUCGUCGGUUUUACACAUAUUAAGCUUGUUAGUUGAAAGGAACUGGAUUUACUUUACAAAGCCUUUAUUGAUAUCACAUCAUAUGCUAAUGCUGGUCUAACCCAAUUUAUGAUACCUUCUAUAAAUAGAUAUAGAUAUAUAAAAAUAAGCAAAAAAUAAGAUGGAAUUGGACAGGAUUAUAAAACAUAAAAAAUAUAUAUGUAAUAUAUAUUUAUCCAAGGGUAUUUUGUAAAAGACCAUAUAUUGGUAUAUUUAUUAAAAAUAGCACUGAAGAUGUGUUGUCUGGCCUCAUUACACAUACAACACCUGCUACCUCAAGGGCUUGAAGUGUGGAGCUUGUUUUUAUUACUGACUAGGAAAUAAUUCAGUUAAAUGCAGUGACCAUGUACAGAAAGAACCCAACGUUCAGUAGCGUAUGACAAAAUGGACAACAUCAUUUUGGGUUAAUAUGCUCCUCUUUAAGUGAUCUAAAUCUCAAUGCUGGAGUCAUCGGGAUCAUCAGAAUUAAAAACACUCCUACUCAUAUGUGCUAUAACUAAACAACAUGUUUUAAGAGUUUAGAAAGCUUCAGCCCAGCUUGAGAGGCAAAGAACUGUCAUUGCAGAAGUCAUGCCUGUAGGUGGCACUACACACACAACAGUGACCUCAUCAAUUUGAGAGAUUAAUCUACAUUGAAGGCAACAGCUACAGUAUCAGCUAAAUCACUUAAAAUGUGCAGAAUGUUUUUAAUAAAGCUUUGCAGUUUGUUUCUUUUUAUUUUUGUACUUUUGUAAUUUAUUUGAAUUUAUUGUCAUUGAUUAGUCUAGUUAUUGUGGUUCAACAGAUAGUGCAAAAAGAUAUUUCCUCUUUAAAACACAGUAAGAAAUAACAGAACACUGUAUUGUGCUGAAUUAUGCUGUGAUUUUGUUGGUGGUAAAAAAAAUUGCCCGAUCCAGAUUAUGAUUUGAAUAUGCCUGGUUCCAUUGAGGUUGUAGACUGAAGUUUGAUCCAUCUUUGAUUGGGUAAGUGUGGCUUCUCUGUGAAGUGAGAUAAACUGUAAUCCCAUGUAGCAUUACCAACUUGUGCCACAAAGCUAUUUCUCUCAUAGCACCAACGUUUAUUCAUGUUGUUUAAUUCAGCUCAUCUUAAUAUUAUUACAAAUUGAAGGAUUGUUACCCAAGGAGUUAAAAAAACGCAUUUUAAAUAAAUAAAAUAUAAAGAAACCUGAUGAGUAAAGAAUAGCAAGUAAAAGUGCUGAAUAAAGGUUUGCACUGAAUCACAGUUGGUUACUAUCGGCAGCUUUGUAUUGAAAUUUUGUGCUUUAUGAAAUAGCAGGAAUCGUAUGUGUUAUUGUAGAAAACCAUUUGACAGCUUUGCAGGACUAUUUCAGUAAUGGGUUUUCCUUGACUCAGUGUGUUGUGUUUGGUGGAUGAUGUCGUGGACAAGAAUUUGUCAAAAUGUGUCAAAAGCCCCAUAUGAUUAAAACUUUGGUUAUCGUAAUAAAACAUAAUUAAUGAAAGAAUAAAAACGCAUUUCCAUACCCACAUUAAAAUUUUUAUAUAUUUUAGUUUUCUUUAUCUGUUUUUCUUAAUUAGACUAAUUUUACUGUCUGUUUCACACAAUCGUGUUUAAAUGUAAAUAUUAAUGCUUUUAUUUUUGUUUGGACGAAUUAUUGUUUUGUAAUUAAUAUUGAAUAUGUGACCUAUAUAGCUGUGGCUAUAUGACCUUUAUAUUGUCAAUUGAAAUUGAAAUAAUGGAAAUAAAAUGUUGUUAACAGAU